AUAUAAAAAUAAACUUGAUUUUUUGAGUGAAGAUAUUUUAAAAGAAAAAUAUAGAGAAUUCUAGAAAAAGUAAGUGAAGAUAUUUGUAUUAGAAAUAUCUAGAAUCAAGAUAUUUUAAAAGAAAAAUAUAGAGAAUUCUAGAAAAAGUAAGUGAAGAUAUUUGUAUUAGAAAUAUCUAGAAUCAAGAUAUUUUAAGUAGAAAAAUCUAGAUAGAAAAAAUCAAGAGAAUUCUAGAAUUCUCACUUGACUACUAUAUAUAUGUGGAGGUUGUAUCAAUUGUUUAGAAUGAAGUGAAUUGAAGAAAAGCUUGUGUUAGCAAACUCCAAUCCUCCCACUCAAAUUCCUAAGCACACACACGUCCACAACCAAUUUCUCCAAAUUUCCUUCUACCAAUUAAAUAAAUUCUCCAUUAUAUAUUCUUAUAUUCCAACAAAGUGGUAUCAGAGCCAUAAAAUCCUACCUGUGGAAUGGCCAACCUACAAUCGUUUCAAGUCCCCAUGCUCAACAAGAGCAACUUCGACAAUUGGAGCAUCAAGAUGAAGGCGCUAUUGGGAGCCCACGACGUUUGGGAGAUCGUGGAGAACGGCUACGAGGAGCCGCAGGACGAGGCCGCACUAUCCCAACAACAAAAGGAUAGAUUGCGAGACGCGAGAAAGAGAGACAAGAAGGCUCUCUGUCUCAUUUAUCAAGCGCUAGGGGACGACGAUUUCGAGAAGAUCUCGAAUGCGAGUACCGCCAAAGAAGCGUGGGAGAAGCUCCAGAACGCGUGCAAAGGAGCGGAGCAAGUAAAAAAGGUACGACUUCAAACUUUAAGAGGAGAGUUUGAGUCUUUGCAUAUGAAAGAGUCCGAGUCAAUUUCGGAUUAUUUUUCAAGAGUCUUGGCGGUGUCUAAUCAAAUGAAAAGAAAUGGUGAAAAGUUGGAGGAUGUAAGAAUUAUGGAGAAAAUAUUACGCUCACUAACUCCAAGAUUUGAGCAUAUAGUAAUCACAAUUGAAGAAACUAAAAAUUUGGAGGAGAUGACAAUUGAUCUCUUGUUGGGGUCGUUGCAAGCAUACAGCAGAUAG